AUGCAUGAGACACACCCAAAGGUGCAAUUCUGGACAAGAAAGGACUAUGAAGACUGGUUGGACUCCCCAGAGGCUGGGGGGAGCAAUCAUGGUCUAUAUGCAUACCUUGAAGACAAAAACAGCAACAUUCUGACCUCAGAAAUGCUAACCAAGAUUCAAAGAGCUCUACAUGCAGGGUGGAUUGAACUUCCACAGCACAAAAUAGCACUGGAUACUUGGGGUAGGGCGAGCAUGACUGCCCUCCAAUUCAUACAGGUGCAUAUGGAGAAAGACUUCCCUCUGUUCAAGCUCAUGGAAAGUGGCUGGAAACUCAAGCAUCUGUGUACAAAGACAUACUCAGCCUGUAGAACAAAACAUCUUGACAAUAAUGGCAACUUGAAGAGGACUACACACAACACAAUCAAAGGAGAGGCUCUUGAUGAUGAUGAUGACCUUGAAGGCCUCAAUCCCAGCAGUAAGAAGUGCAAGGGACCUGUGGACACUUCAUUAACACUGUCCAACAAGAAACAAAAAUCCUUGCAGUCCUGGGACCCAUCAGAAUCACUGAAGCUUGCAGCACCAGACUCAUCAUCCACAUUGACAUCCCUCAGUUCAGGAGCUUGUGUAGAGUUGCCAAUACAAGAACCACCUGAAUAUCCUGUCGAGACUGCUUCAGCACAAUCGACCCCCCAGGAUGUGGGUGCAGACUUGGCCAACAAGGAAAACAAUCCAAGCAUUGAUAAUGCCAAUAUCCUGACCACUGCUGAGAGUCUUAUUGAGUUUACUUGCAAUGGCUGCAGGGAAGGCCCUUCCGACAGUGUGUUCACUGAUGCAUCCCAUGAUUGCAAAACUGGUGCAAGUGACUCAACAACCAAGGUGAAGAAGACUCUACAGCCAUUGGGCACAAAGAACAGAUGGAAUUUGUGUAUGCUACAGUGGUUGAAGAAAAUCAAUGCCAAUGGACAGAAGGAGGAUUUUUGCCUGUACUGGGAUAAGACUCUAAUGCUGGCCACACAUGAAAAUUACAACAAUGAAGCCAAAGAGCUUGUUGUGAAUAAUACCUGGACCAAGUCCAUCAUCAAGCAAGGUAUUCUGCAUACCUAG